UGGAAAAAAUAUAAAAUCAAUCAUUCGUGUAAUGGUAAAAAGUAUUGGAUUUUCUUUUAGUGCGAAAACACUAGAAUUCCCAAUAAACCUUAUAGCCAGAUUUUGUUCAGUGCAAGUGGAUGCCGUAAAUUUAAACAAGCUACAAGGGCACAAGUGCAGUAUAAAUUCCCUCCAGUCGUCCCCUUCGAGCCUCCGGACUUCGUUAAGAUCUUCAUUGACGACAAACGAAUUCAGUUUUGUGGGACGGUUUGAGUCGGUUUCUAUUGCGAAAAAAACCAUAACGACAAUUUGCAGGUGCUUAGUAAAUUGGAGCCGGACAUGCAAACCAACCCUCGCCAUCCGGAUCAGAUAGCGGCACAAUCGGCUUGGGUUUUGAUAAAAAUAAUCCACCCAAACCCUCCGCUCCAGAGCUAAUCUGUGGCUAAAGUUUCGUUGAAAAUAAAACGCGAAUCCAGCUGAUGUUUGCUAUUUUUUAUUCUUUUAUUGUUUUGGUCUCCUAUACAAGUUUUUAUGUCGGUUUCCUGGUGAUUUCGGGAUGCAGUCUAACUCUCCCAACGGCAGGACCGCUGAACUUGGACAAAUAUAUCAAAUUUAUAGCUGUUUGACGUCUGUUUUGUGGUUUUGUGUGGGUGAGACAAACUCGCAACCCAGGAAUAAUAUUGACAUUAAUCAUUUUCUGCAAAUCGUGACCGGGACAUCAUCGCGGCCUGGGUACACGUGAUAAUUGAGUCGUUAUACUGAGUCGUUUUCUUCUGCUUCUGAAACCGGGAAAGCAUACAUACAUUUAUCGCGGCUAAUAUACUCAGAACGCGUUGUGCUGACAGGUAGCUGCCGUAUAUAUUUUAGCAUUGUUACACGUUCGGGAGGAAUCCGAUACAGAUCGCUGGAUCUCGGGUUCUGCAAAACAAAGCAUACAAACAAAAAAACUGGCACGAAACCGACGCUAACUGUAAGGCUUGGAUUUCUUGCUAGGCUGAAAACAUGUUUUUUGUUUGAAAUUUGGUUGACGUCAGCCGGUUGUUGCAAAAUUGUUCAACAGAUAAAACAGUUCAGGUCCCCGGAAAACGGUGUGAUCAAAAAGCAAAAAAAAAAAAAUAUUGAAGACGCAAAACGAACAGACGUUUGACCGGUUUGUUUUCUCUUCCAAAUGAAGGAAGCAAAUCUGAAAUAAUCCAUCGAAAAUCCAUUCAUUAGUGGCCGUUUGGAAGAUAAGAGAUGAUAACGAAGGUAUCACGAGUGCGAGUUCCAGGUGCAUUUUUAAGCUGUGAGGUUUAAGGAGUUUUGAAAAUUUUUGCAAGAAGAAUUGUAACAUCAUCAUGAAACGCAACCACUUUUGAAACAAAGCUGCAGACAGUUUUGAUGACGCAAGCAACCUUUUCAUUCAUAGCUCUUCUUAGGUAUUGGUUUAAGCUUAAUAUAAACAUUUUGCAAUGAAGGUGUUCCUUAAAAUUCAAUCCAUUUUUCUAAACUGAUUUGUUCUUGGAGUUCAAAGUGUUGUGUAUCGUUGAAAUCAUCUUUACAAUGGAUGCUGGUUCCAAGAAAAAACUUAUUGAAACCAAUUUCAACAUAAAUUAUAAAUACAGUGUAAUUCCUAUAAGGAAAGCCAACUCACAAAUGUAUAAUUCUAACCAAGCAAACUCAGAGCAAUCUAAAAUAGGCUCUGGAACGGAAGACUUGGAAGCUGGGCAAACAUGCAGUUAUGUAUCAACUAGUUCAGUACAAAGCAUGGACGUUGCAGAGUACGAUAAAGUAGGGUCUGACUCACAUGUAAGUGCCAAUCUCCAACCUCUAAUCCAAUUUAAAGAUCAAGAAAUGGAAAAUAUUUCUGGAAACAAUAAUCAUCAGAAUCAAUCAUCAAUGAACGUGAGCAAUGGUUCUAACAAAACGAAUUGCGCCGAAAAAAAUUAUCCUAAGAGAGUAUUGGUACGUCAGACAAACAUGCGGGAAGAUAGAGUGCCCCAACAAGACGAAUCUAAUUUCAAUGACCAAUAAUAUCAAACUUAUCCAAGUGAACCUUCACCAUGCAAAAGGAGCCAGUGCUGUCCUUUGUCGGAGGUUCAUACAUGACCAACUAGACGUGGCCCUCGUUCAAGAACCAUGGGCAUACCACUAUAAAAUAAUGGGACUUCAAAACCGAAACUAAUUUAUCAACAGAGAUCUAGUUGCGAUUCAAAUGGAAAUCCCAACAACUAGGGGAAAAACUGAAAUCAUACUGGCUUCAGCUUACUUUCCCGGAAAUGAUGAGGAGAUUCCCCCGUCGGAAAUCGCAGCAUUCGUUACAUAUUGCAAAACCAACAAUAAACAAUUCCUGAUAGGUUGUGAUGCAAACGCGCAUCAUACUUUAUGGGGGAGUAAGGACAUCAACAAGAGGGAUCAAAUUGGCCUAUACACAUUUGGAUGAAUUUUGCAAACUGCCAGAUGACACCAAGGAAAUGUACCUGCGGAAGGACGGCAACCAUGGCUACAUCAAACCGGGUCAGGAACGUUUCGAUGGCGUCACAAAAGACUUCCGCCACACGUUCAACAUAUGUACCCUGAAGCCGGAAGCGCCGCUACCGGAGGAACCAAUUCCCGGGUUCCGGGAACACAUCUCCGAUCUGGCGCGAGAUUUUCAGCGUCUUUCGUCGCUAGUCCUGCAAGCCUUGGCCGUGGGUCUGGAUCAACCGCACAAAUACUUUCUCGAAAAGCAUACUCACAUUCUAGAUGGUGAAAGUGAAAACCAGUCGACAUUCCGAUUGCUGUACUAUCCGCCACUCAUCGAAGACGACGGAAAAAAUGAACUGCUCCGUGGAACGUGCAAGUACAGCCAGCAGCGUUGCGCCAAGGAUGAAAUCGACCUAUCGAUACCGGAGGACUAUAGAAAAAAGAUGGCCGAGGAACGGGAACAGCUGGAGGAGGAAGAACGGGUGGCCAAAUAUUCUCGUUGUGGGGCGCACUGUGAUUAUGGAACCUUCACCCUGCUGGCUCAGGACUCGGAGGGUGGCCUGGAGGUUAAGCUGCCCGGAACUGACAAAUGGAAGCGGGUUGGCCAUCUCCCUGGCGCGAUCCUGAUUAAUGCCGGUGAGCUUCUUGCCACCUGGACCUGUGAAAAAAUUGCUGCCUUGCCACACCGUGUAGUGAUUCCGGAGGAAGAAGCACUCAAAUCGCGAGGUCGACAUUCCAUGGCAUUUUUCGUGCAUCCUGAUAACUGCACCGAUAUUGAGCCAAUUGAGCUGCCGUCAUCUAGUUCCUCAAACUCUUUGGAAUCGAUGGACAAAAAACCAAAGAAUAGGAAAAAGUCCUUCAAAACCGCUAAGACAAAAAUCUACAAUGCCUAUCAGCAUGUGCAACGACGCUUUAAGGAAACAUACGCCUCAUAACAGAUUUCCCGAAAAAAAAUGUGUUAGCAAAUUAUCAUUCAAUAUACUCCUAGCAGUUUACGAGUUACUCAGCAAAAUUUUUCUUAAGAAGUUCAACAAACAAGCCAACUUAAAAUAAGCUAAAUACUACUUACUCAUAAAAAAAGGACGGCCUUUUCGACCGACAAGCAACCCUCGUCUUGUCUGUUUCUCGGUCCCGGUUCUGAAAGGUUGUGAAAAUGAAGCACCAUUUCCAGUCGAAGCUAGAAACGCCCACGCGCUCGGGGUUGAACCGAAUGUUGUUGCCCAUGGAGAAGGACUCCGCGGAUGGUUGCGGCAAAUGAGCUGCCGGUCAUUAAUCACCAGCGUCUGGUGGUCUGUAAACGAAUCCUUCAACGUCGCAAUUAUCUUUUUUUGUCAUCUCUGGAAAACAGUGGCAGUUUUCUUUUCGCUUCUCGUCGAGGAUAUCACAUGCGUAACAUCCGUCACGAAUCGUCGGCUCUGUUGUACUGAAUAGUGGAUAUUUAUUUUUUCUCGAGUUAUUUAUUGACGCCGUGUUUUGGGUCGGAAACAAUCAAUAGAAAAACUAAGGCUCCCUGAAGUCAAAUUUCAAUCCGUCUUAUAUGCUUAUUACGUUAAAAUACGAAAUAAACAGCCAUAUUGAAAACUUUUUCUUAAUUAAAUUUAGAAAGACUGUUUAGGCAAAAGAUUCCCCAAUGAUCGAUAAUAAACUGUUACCAGAUUUACAGAAAGUUAAAGAGAUAGAAUAACACACAAAAUUUCAGUUUGUCAACAAAGUAAAUCUUCUGUUUUCUCACACAGCGAAUAUGAUUUGUCUUCCGUUGCUAUCGGUUCGAAAGCAAUAUGUAGUGCUUGUUCGACACAAGUUAAAAUUUUUUGGCCUAGCCUAGUCUGGCUCAACGCAAUUUUUCAAAUGAAACUUAAAGCUAGAAAUGUAGUUUAAAUUUUCAUGGAAUAGAUUUUUUUUACCUAAUAA